AUGUCGUCGUCGUCAGCGUCGUCUUCGGCGGAGGCACACCACCAGCAGCAUUACCGGCGCCAGACAGGAGGGAGUGGUCUCGUGCCGCUCGCCGCGCUCAUCAAGGAGGAGGCCCGCACGGAGCGCCACUCCAUAGCCGGCGGCGAAAGCAGGAUCUCCGCGCGCGACGAGGUCGCGGCGGGAGUAGGAAACUCAGGCGUAGGAGGGGAGGCGGCGGCGGCGGAGACGCGGCUGGAGCGCCCCCUGCUGCGCUAUGGGUGCGCCGCGCAGUGCAAAAAGGGCGAGGACUUCUUCUUGCUCAGAACGGACUGCCCGCGUCCUGCCAUCUCCGUCUCCUUCCCGGACUCCCCGCACCCUACCUUCGCCGUCUUCGCCGUACUUGAUGGCCAUAAUGGUAACGCAGCCGCAAUAUACACAAGAGACAAUUUGCUCAACCAUGUCCUUAGUGCUAUGCCAAGGGGGCUGUCCAGGGAUGAGUGGUUGCACAUGUUGCCCCGAGCACUGGUCGCAGGGUUUGUUAAGACUGACAAGGAGUUCCAGAGCAAAGGGCAAACUUCUGGCACAACCGCUACAUUUGUGAUAAUUGAUGGAUGGACUAUCACUGUUGCCUCUGUUGGUGAUUCUCGCUGUAUUUUAGAUGCCCAGGGUGGGGCUGUUUCUUUGCUUACUGUGGAUCACAGACUAGAAGAAAAUGUUGAGGAGAGGGAGCGCGUUACAGCAAGUGGAGGUGAAGUUGGAAGGCUCAGUGUUGUUGGCGGAGCAGAGAUUGGUCCGCUACGAUGCUGGCCAGGAGGUCUAUGCUUAUCAAGAUCCAUUGGAGAUAUUGAUGUUGGCGAAUUUAUUGUCCCUGUUCCAUAUGUGAAGCAAGUGAAGUUGUCAAAUGCUGGAGGAAGACUUAUUAUUGCUUCAGAUGGCAUUUGGGAUGCAUUAUCCUCAGAAGCAGCUGCUAAGUCUUGCAGAGGUUUGCCUGCUGAGCUUGCCGCAAAGCAAGUUGUUAAGGAGGCACUCAGGACUAGAGGGCUAAAGGAUGAUACAACUUGCAUUGUUGUUGACAUAAUCCCACCUGGUCAAACAAUACGGCCUCUGUCUCCUCCGAAAAAGAUGAGCAAGCUGAAGUCUUUAAUCUUUAGAAAGAAAGCAAAGGACCCUUCUCAGAAGUUUACUAAACAACAUUCAGCUAUUGGUAUCGUUGAAGAGAUAUUUGAAGAAGGUUCGGCCAUGCUAUCAGAAAGGUCCAAGGGAGCACGGAGAUGA